AUAGAACAUUAUAAUGUUUAAAAAUCGCGGGCCCGAGCUUCUAUAAAUUUUCGAGGCGGUUUUUGUUUUUGCUUUUUACUUAACGUUCGUAAAUAUACCCAGUUUAAAAUCGGUGCGUAGAACGUGCUGUUCUUUGAAAUCCAAAAAUCAAGUAUGUCUGCAUCACCCAUCGCAAGGCAGGCUACUCAAAGCCAAAGUAUACCUUUGAAGAAAAUAUUGUUCUCCGAUCCUAGUCAGUUACCUGCUGAUUAUUCAUCCACCCCUGGUGGAACGCUGUUUUCAACAACACCUGGAGGUACCCGCAUAGUUUAUGAACGUGAUUUCUUGAUGAAUUUACAAAAUUCUCCCAUAUCACGAACACCGCCACAGAAUAUAUCAUCGAUACCAGCUGAAUUGUUGAAAACUUCAUCUUUGAAUAGCAUAAUACCUGCAAAAACGCAAACUAACAGAGAUACACCAGCUAUAGAGGAAUCGGCAGAACAGUUUGAAAUGGACAUGUAAUAAACUCUGUGAUUAUGAUGUGUUCGCAUUGCAUCAGCCAUUUAUAUGAAUAGUAAUAACCAAGUUGAUUGAGGAAAACAUAUAAAUAAUGUACUCUUUUGUAUAAAUGUACUAUUGGAUCUUAUAGGUAUAAGUCUUCAAAAAGUUUUAUUAAAAAAUAUUGAUCAUAAUUGA